AUGGGCUGCACCUUCCUCGUGGCAGCCCGCGGUGGUAGCGGGAACCCCACCGCCGGGUUCGAGAAGGUGGAGCUCACCGAUGGCGACUUCCAGGUGCAGAGCCCGUUCAACGUGCCGGAGAGCCAGCGGUUCCAAUACCGCAACGGCGUGCGGACAUUCUGGGUGCACCGAAACGACAAGCCCUUCAACACCGCCACCCACACCAAUCCCCGCUCCGAAGUCAGGCUCCGGGGCCAUGACUACUCGUCGGGGGUGUGGCAGUUUGAGGGCUAUGGCUACAUACCGUCGGGGACCUCUGGUGCGUCCGUGAUGCAGAUCCACAACCAGGAGGGUGCCGCGCACUCGACGGUGCUGAUGUUACACGUCUACAACGGUGUCCUGCGCUUCUACAGCGGGGCAGAGGUCGAGCCCGACAUCUACAACCGUUGGUUCCGCCUAAACGUGGUGCACAACGUCCGGACGUCAACGGUGACCGUGUACGUCGACGGCAAGCACAAGUUCGGCACCAGCGUUACCCCGAGCGAUUCCUACUACUUCAAGUUUGGGGUUUACAUGCAGCACCACGACCAGUCCAGCUGCAUGGAGUCACGGUGGACCAACGUCACGCUAUACAGGCAUAUCUCCAUCACGUCUCGGCGCGACCGCUCCCGGCCCGUCCUCGUCUCUAUCCUCAUCUUCUUCGACUACUUCCCCUGCAUCGACUUCAUGGCAGACAACGAAGUAGCCAAGAAGGCCGCAGAAGACGUCGAGGCUGCUGCCGCCGCUGCUGCAUUGGCCUUGCUAACCGGAGGGUAUGAUUUGUUCAUCCCUUAUCUGCUCGUUUAUGUGGUCACCGGCCACAAGUUCUCCACGCAUCACUGGUUGUGCGUGGCCCGGUCGCCGGUCUUCAAUGCAGAGUUAUUUCACUCAAUGAAGGAGAGCGACGUCGCCGCCGGCGUGGUCGGCAUAGGUGACAUGGAGGCGUAG